AUGGAAGGCACAGAUUGGAGAAACCAAACGACCAUCACAGAAUUAGUCCUCCUGGGAUUCAGGGAGCUCCCUGACAUGAGAAUUCUUCUCUUUCUAAUGUUUCUAGUGAUCUACAUGGCAACCAUGGCUGGGAACACUCUCAUUGUGAUGCUUGUUGUGACUGACCAGCACCUUCACACCCCCAUGUACCUGUUUCUGGGUAACUUGUCCUACUUGGAAAUCUGCUAUACCUCUACCUUCCUCCCCAAGUUACUGGCCAGUCUCCUGACUGGGGACAGAACCAUCUCAGUCAGUGGCUGCAUCACACAACUGUAUUUCUCUGGCUCACUGGCAGCUACGGAAUGCUAUCUCCUAGCAGCAAUGUCUUAUGAUCGGUAUUUAGCGAUAUGUAAACCUCUGCACUAUUCAACUCUUAUGAGUAGCAGGUUUUGCCUCCAGUUGGCUGCUGGGUCAUGGUUAAAUGCUUGUUUGGCUAUUAUAAUCUUUGUCUUAUUCCUAUCACAGUUAACAUUCUGUGGCCCAAAUGAAAUUGACCAUUUCUAUUGUGAUCCCAUCCCACUGAUGGAACUCUCCUGCAGUGACACACACCUGAGCAUAUUGGUGGAUUUCAUACUAGUCUAUGUAUUCACCCUGCCUCCAUUCCUCCUAACCCUGAUGUCUUACGUGUUGAUCCUUGCCAACAUUCUCAGAAUCCCUUCCACCACCGGGAGACAAAAGACCUUUUCUACCUGCUCCUCUCACCUCACUGUGGUGACAAUUUUCUAUGGCACCAUAAUCAUUGUCCACAUACUACCAAAACGUGAUACAAUCAGAGGUCUGAAGAAAGUGCUGUCUCUUUGCUUCACAGUCCUAACUCCCCUUGUAAACCCCCUCAUCUACAGCCUGAGAAACAAAGAGGUCAAGGAAGCCUUAAGCAAAGCAGUCAGUAAAUGUGGCUUUCACAAAAACAUGCAGAGACUAUGA